AAUGGCUGUGACUGUUGUGCGCAGAAGAAUUUUCAUUUUGGAAAACAGGAUUGUUUAAUUAAUUGUGGUAAUGGAGUAAAUGGUGACCUUGUGUGGCUGAUCUCCCCUCCCCAACCAAAGACACUUUGAAGUGCCCCUCCUGCACUUCACUAUGGAAAUAUGGUGCUAGGUGGGAGGUGCAGAGACAGUCCAUUUAUAGGACUGGUCAUCUGGGAGUUGGGAAGCCUUUAAAGAGCAGGAGUGAUAAGAGAUUGGAGUCACUUGGAAGCAUUCGUGUUACUGUCUUGGAUGCCUUGAGGGGGCAUGGAAAAGGUGGAAGUGUUCACGUCCGAAGCCAAAGGCAGGGGGCUGAAGGCAGCGAAGGAAUUUUGGGCAGCAGAUGUAAUUUUUGCAGAACGCGCCUAUGCUGCAGUAGUAUUUGACAGCCUCACUCACCUUGUCUGCCACACCUGCUUUAAGCGACAUGAGAAGCUCCACCGCUGUGGCCAGUGCAAGUUUGCCCAUUACUGUGACCGCACCUGCCAGAAGGAUGCCUGGGUGAACCACAAGAGUGAGUGCUCAGCCAUCAAGAGGCAGGGGAAAGCACCCAACGAAAACAUCAGGUUGGCUGCCCGAAUCAUGUGGAGAAUAGAGAAAGAAGGGGGAGGCCUGACUGAGGGGUGUUUGGUCUCCAUUGACGACCUACAGAACCAUGUGGCACACUUCGGAGAGGAAGAGAAGAAGGAGAUGAGGAUCGACCUGGAGAGUUUCUUGGAGUUCUGGCCACCUGAGAGCAAGCAGUUUGGCAUGCAGUACAUCUCUCACAUACUGGGCGUGAUAAACUGCAAUGGUUUCACCCUGAGUGACCAAAGGGGGCUGCAGGCAGUUGGUGUAGGCAUCUUCCCCAACCUUUGCCUGGUAAAUCAUGACUGUUGGCCCAACUGUACCGUCAUCUUUAACAAUGGCAAUCAUGAGGCUGUAAGAUCAUUGUUCCACACCCAGAUGAGGAUAGAACUGCGUGCGCUGGGUAAGAUCUCCAUUGGGGAAGAGCUGACUGUUUCCUACGUUGAUUUCCUCAAUGUCAGUGAAGAGAGAAGGCAGCAGCUGAAAAAGCAGUACUAUUUUGACUGUACCUGUGAGCAUUGCCAAAAAAGAAUAAAAGAUUAUCUGAUGUUGGCUGUGAAAGAGGGGAACGAAAAGCCAUCACAGGAUGUGGUGAAGGACAUCAUCCAGUUCUCCAAGGAAACUCUGGAAAAGAUUGAUCAAGCUCGCUCUGAAGGGAUAUACCACCAAGUUGUAAAGCUGUGUCGAGAGUGUCUGGAGAAGCAGGAACCAGUGCUGGGAGACACAAACCUUUACCUGCUCCGGAUCCUCAGCAUCAUGUCAGAAGUUCUCUCUUACCUCCAGCUGUUUGAUGAGGCAGCUGGUUACUCAAAAAAAAUGGUGGAUGGUUACAUGAAGCUUUAUCACCCAAACAAUGCCCAGCUAGGGAUGGCCCUCAUGAGAGCUGGAGUGACACACUGGCAUGCUGGUUUCAUUGAAGCAGGGCAUGGGAUGAUUUGCAAAGCCUAUGCUAUUCUUCUAGUGACACAUGGCUCCACCCACCCAAUUACCAAAGAUCUGGAGGCCAUGCGUGUUCAGUCAGAGAUGGAGCUGCGCAUGUUUCAGCAGAAUGAAUUUAUGUAUUACAAGAUGAGAGAGGCAGCUCUUCAGAACCAAACGAUCCAGGUCAUGCCUGAGCCCACCACCAAUGAGAUUUCACCUGGUAUCUUCCAGAAGAAAUAAUAAUGGAAUCCUUUGCUGGCCUGGUGAUGUAUUGUCGAAUUUCAGCAGCUGUACAGCAUCAGCAGUUUUUGUUCUGAACAGGAAGAAAGUGACAUCAUGCCAAGGAAAGUGGCGUUUGGUUCUGAAUGUCUGGAUCUCCUGGGGACAGCUCCAGAUAGACAUGACUUUUCUACAUGCCCAGCAUGUCGAAUCAGAAGCAUUUCACCAAAAGAGUCAAAACCUACAUUCACUGAUAUAAAUGAUUAAUAAAGUUAUUAUAA